AAAGGGAAGGUUUAAAUAUAGGCAAGGAGUCCUGGGGUCAGAGCCGCGUCGACCAAACCCAUAAAAACCCAUUCAGCCUCCGGCAUCGGUACCGAUUCGUUCUCCGGUCUUGGCGAUCUCUGCAGAUCCUAUCCCACAAAGUUUCUUUGCAGAUUAAAUGUUUUUUGUUCCUACUGAAGCUGCAACAUUUGGAUUUGAAGUUUGUGGCACACUUUUGAUGGAUGAUGACUAUUCCGAUGGAUAACAAUUUGGAUAUUCAAUCAAGGGAGCGUGUUCAACGUCUUUUCAACAAGAAUGUAGAGUUGGAGAGUAAGCGCCGGAGGUCUGCCCAAGCAAGAAUUUCCUUUGAUCCCAAUGCAUGGCAACAGAUGCAAGAGAACUAUGAAGCAAUUAUUCUUGAAGACAAUGCUUUCUCUGAACAGCAUGAAAUAGAGUAUGCUUUGUGGCAGUUGCAUUACAGGCGAAUUGAGGAGCUACGAGCACACUUGAGUGCUGCUCUGGCUUCAUCAGCUUCAAACACUUCUCAGAGUUUGAAGGGUUCUGCACGACCUGAUCGAAUUGGAAAAAUUCGUGCUCAAUUCAAAACCUUUCUUUCUGAAGCAACUGGAUUUUACCAUGAUCUAAUGUUGAAGAUUAGAGCAAAGUAUGGUCUACCUCUGGGUUAUUUCUCCGAAGAUAAGGACAAUCAGAUUGUCAUGUCUAAAGAUGGGAAUAAAUCUGCUGACAUAAAGAAAGGCAUGAUUUCCUGCCACCGUUGUCUGAUUUACCUGGGUGACCUUGCGCGUUAUAAAGGUUUAUAUGGUGAUGGUGAUUCUAAAGCUAGAGACUAUGCAGCAGCAUCUAGUUAUUAUAUGGAAGCUUCUUCACUCUGGCCUUCAAGUGGCAACCCACAUCAUCAGCUUGCUAUAUUGGCUUCCUAUUCGGGUGAUGAAUUGGUGACUGUUUACCGCUAUUUUCGGAGUCUGGCAGUUGAUAAUCCUUUCUCAACUGCAAGAGAAAACUUGACUAUUGCAUUUGAGAAGAACCGUCAGAGUUAUUCCCAGCUGCUUGGAGAUGCCAAAGCAUCUUCAGUGAUUGCACCAGUGCGAAUGAAUGGGAAAGGAAGGGGAAAAGCUGAAGCAAGGACACCCUUGAAAAAUAAUAAAAAAGAAGUAAGUAGUGUCAAGGAAAGAGCAUCCAUUGUACGUGAAACUUUUAAGGCAUUCCGGAUCCGAUUUGUCCGACUAAAUGGCAUCCUUUUCACACGCACAAGCUUGGAAACAUUUGAAGAAGUUUACUCCAUGGCUAAAGGCAAUCUUCUAGAGAUUCUAUCUUCUGGACCUGAAGAGGAGCACAAUUUUGGUUCUGGUGCUGCUGAAAAUAGACUUAUGACUGUCAGACUUAUAGCCAUUCUGAUAUUCGCAGUUCACAAUGUGAAUAGGGAAACUGAAAAUCAGUCCUAUGCAGAAAUCUUACAACGUUCAGUUCUACUUCAGAAUAUAUUUACUGUUAUCUUUGAGUUUAUGGGUUGCAUUCUUGAGAGGUGCCUACAGUUGCAUGAUCCUUGUGCUAGCUUCCUAUUGCCUGGUGUGCUUGUGUUUUUGGAGUGGUUAGCCUGUCAUCCAGAUAUUGCAGUUGGGAAUGAAGUGGAGGAGAAACAAGCUACUGCUAGAACAUUCUUUUGGAACCAUUGUAUUUCGUUCUUGAACAAUCUCCUGUCGAGUGGGUUCACGUCCAGUAAUGAGGAUCAGGAUCAAAUUUGUUUCUUCAAUAUGAGUAAGUAUGAGGAAGGUGAGACUGCCAACCGGCUUGCAUUGUGGGAGGACUUUGAAUUAAGAGGAUUCUUGCCACUUCUGCCUGCACAACUCAUUCUUGAUUAUUCAAGAAAGCAGUCUUUUGGAAGUGACGGUGGCAAUAAGGAUAAAAAUGCUCGUGUUGAGAGGAUUAUUGCGGCGGGAAAGUCUCUUAUAAACAUUGUUAGGAUUGGGCAACAGGGAAUAUAUUUUGAUCCAAAGUUGAAGAAAUUUUCUAUUGGAGUUGAUCCUGAAAUGGCCAGUGACUUUGCAUUCAGUGGUUCUUUUGAAGUACUUGCAGUAAAUGGUGCGGGGCAAGAACAUCCAGAAGAGAAAAAUAUGAACUCAAGAACUUUGCAGCAGAAGCCACAAUUAUACCUGGAAGGAGAAGAAGAGGAUGAGGAAAUUGUCUUCAAACCAUCAGCUGCUGACAAGUUUGUUGAUGUCAUUGCUCCAAAGGUAACUUCUCAUGAGGCUUUUGGGACUGGUGUUGAUGCCCGCAAGGUUGACUUGGGAAGUCCUAUUGCAUCUGUUUCGGCCCCAUAUGAUGGUCUCUAUUUGCAGAAUGGGUCCAGGCCUCUUACUACUCUUGCUGAUGGUUUCCACCAACAUUUGCAAACAUUGCAACCAACCACAUCAAAGUGGCUGGUGGAGCAACAAACUUCUAUUACUAAUGGGUUGAAUGGUUUGAGCUUCAUGGAGAAUGGGCUUUCUAUGAACACUGAGCUACAAGAAAGUUUAGGAGGUUUAAGGGCUGCUAAACCCUCACUUCCUUUUCCACAGUCUGUCAAUAUCAGUGCUCACAAUAUAUAUCCCGGUCAGGUCCCUGAAACUGUAAUUCCAUCCAAGUUUGAUUCAAUUAUGUUGUCAGGAGCCAGUUCUGACGGUCUAUCAAUGAAGCCCUCAUCAGCCUCAUCAGCAAUUUCGAGAAAGAAUCCAGUGAGCCGACCUGUUAGGCAUUCUGGCCCUCCACCUGGAUUUAGCCCUGUUCCUCCCAAAAAUGUGGAGGAGCCCUUCUCUGGUUUAAAUUUGAAGAAUGAAAAUCUGGUGGUGGAUGAUUAUAGCUGGCUUGAUGGAUAUCAGCUGCCAUCCUCGACACAAGGCAUUGGGUUCAGCCAUUCCAUCAACCACUCAGCACAAGCAUACCAAAAUGGAAGUAAGAUUAACAGCUUGAAUGGGACUCAAAACUUUCCAUUUCCUGGAAAACAAGUUCCUACUUUUCAAGUGCAAAUGGAAAACCAGAAAAGCUGGCAGAAUUACCACUUUCCCGAGAAUCUGCAGCUGCAACUUCAGAAGGGAAAUCAACAGUCUAUUGCACCACCAGAACAGCACCAAGGACAGUCUCUAUGGGGAGGCCAAUUCUUUGUGUGAGGUCAUUACAUGUGUAGAUGGCUCUAUUGGUGUGAGCAUCCUGUAGCUUGGUGCAACCAAGUUCAGCCUCCGCUUUGCAGUCCUGCUAGUCUUGUUAAGUUUCUGUUGGACCAUGCAUGUUCUUGGAGUGUUGCGGGCGCUUGCUUGCUAACAGCAUGUGCUGAGCUUUCCAGACUGGUGAAUGGAGAUUAUGGAAGGAAAAGGGUGGGAAAUGGGAAAUGCCUGAAUGAAAAGUGUCUUACCUGGUUGGAUAAGUUUGCCAUAUAUUGUUGCAAAUAUAUUGCAUGGGUUGUGCCAGUAUUGGAAUUCACAUGGAAUGAAGUGCUUGCUGUUCUUACUUGACUGAGGAUCAUUGCGAUGAGAAGCAGCAGGCAUGUGAAUAUCGUAAGGUAGAUGUUUGGGCAGGUUAUUUUAGCUGCCUAAAACUUUCUCAAGGGAUCAAAUCUUAAAAUGGUUAUGGAAAAAUGUUCUGGGCAAAUGUUUGGAUAUUGUGAAGUGGGAACAAGCACGUUAGAUAAUAAUAAAGCCUGCGAGUAGAGAUGCAUUGGGGUAUUUCGACUUAUAUGGUUACUGGUUUAAUCCGUAUUAAUAAUGUCAUUAUGUUUCUUGUGUUGACUCCACAUGAUAUGCACGUUUAUUUUGUGUUGAACAGUUGACCUCAGGGUCAGACUUAGAGCUUCUAUUUUAAUUAACUUGCAUUGCCUGUGUUUUGGAUUGGUA